AUGGCUGAAACACAAGACGUGCUCGACAAGAAAAUUGAGUCUCUUAAGACGCGAAUUAAUGAUCAAGAACGUGUUCUCCGUCAGAUGUUGUGGUUUGGCGACUAUAGUUUUGCAAGUGAGCAAUUACACUUUGAUCGUGAUGGCUUAAAAAUUGAGUGUCGUGAGACUGCACCCAACAAGCCAUAUGCCCUCCUCUUUUUAUACAUUCCAAUCAACUCCUUUUCUAUUCGUGUAAUUCAAGGUAAGGCUUCCAUUGGUUUUAUAACUUUGAACCAACCCAUUCCUCUCGAUUGCAACAUUUCUGUCAUAUCAGAUCAAACCAAAGUCUUAAUGUACGACAGAACUUACAUUGGUCCGCUUGACUUGACCAAAAAGCAACGUUCAAACUUUGUCUUCAAUGAUGGCGUAGUAACAACAACCUUCAAUCCUGCCACAAACACCAUUUCCUUCGAACAAGGAAAAGUGAAAGACGAUGAUGUCUUUGUCAAUGUUUACGAAGAAGACUUGUACCCACUUAUUGCCUUUAAGGAUGAUACUGUCAUUCAAGUCCUUUAA